AUGCCAACAGCUGUUGCAAAACAAAAUCCCGAGGAGCGGAAACGAGGCGAAAUUGCUUUGAGCGAGUUCGCCGAGUAUGCCGAGAAGCAGCAAACGCAUCGCUCCGCAGUCGCUGCGCCCAGUGACAGUGUUUACGAGACUGGAGGCGUGUCGCGCGACACUGAAGACCACGCAGAGCUGGAUAUUUUGGACCAACUAGGCUUAUCUGACUCACCCCGUACUGUGAAGCUCAAGGAGCUUCUUCUUGGAACAGGGGAUGAAGCCGAGAACAGUCUGCAGGUGCUAGCAGGCGCCUUGCAGGCGCGCAUAGAUGAAGGCCAAGGAGAAACCAUCUUUGAUCUCGGUCUCGAGGACGGCGGUGAAUCAAUGGCCUUUAACCUUCCUCAAUGGCAGACUGCUCUCCAGCGACUGCGCGAGGCGGCCGAAACCAUUCCCGCUCACUGCCGCAUCCUUCUCACCUACAAUGUGGGUGGUGAACAGGAAUGCCCAGAGAAACCUGACCGUGUCAAGGAUGUAUGGGGCAAAUUGCUCAUUCGUCAACACGCUGGCAACAUCGAAGAGAUGGCGGAAAUUCGAAUGGCCGUGGUGGGCAAUGUAGAUGCGGGGAAGAGUACCAUGCUUGGUGUGUUGGUGAAGGGCAGUCUCGACGAUGGUCGUGGUCGUGCUCGAGUUAAUCUCUUUCGCCACAAGCACGAAAUUGAAAGUGGCCGAACCAGCUCUGUCGGCAUGGAAAUCAUGGGCUUCGAUAGCCACGGCGAAAUUGUCGCCCAUCACCAAGGCCGUAAGCUAUCUUGGGAAGAGAUCGGAAAACGAUCUGCGAAGGUCAUAUCCUUCUCCGACCUUGCAGGCCACGAGCGUUAUUUGCGAACCACAGUGUUCGGUAUGCUUAGCAGCAGCCCCAACUAUUGUCUGCUGAUGGUUGCCGCGAAUAACGGCUUGAUCGGAAUGAGUCGUGAACAUCUUGGAAUUGCCCUUGCGCUCAAUGUUCCUGUCAUGGUCAUUGUCACCAAGAUCGACAUUUGCCCGCCUCAAAUCCUCCAAGAGACCUUGUCUCAAUUAUCCAAGAUACUCAAGUCUCCUGGUGCACGCAAAAUACCCAUAUUCAUCAAGGACAUGGAAGAUACCAUAAAUACAGCGGCUCAAUUUGUCAGCCAGCGAAUAUGCCCUAUAUUCCAAGUUUCUAAUGUCACUGGUGAGAACCUGGAACUAGUACGGACUUUCCUGAAUAUUCUGCCCCACCGGGGUCACUACAACCAGGACGCUCCCUUCGAGUUCUUAAUUAAUGACACUUUCUCCGUGCCUCAUGUGGGUACUGUGGUGUCUGGCGUCGUCAAAUCUGGUGUUAUUCACGCCGGUGAUUCAAUUGUUGUUGGGCCAGACUCCCUCGGCCAAUUCACCACGACUACAAUAAAGUCCAUUGAACGCAAGAGGAUACCGGUCAACGCUUGCUUUGCCGGUCAGUCCGGGUCUUUUGCUCUGAAACGUGUCCGGCGUAAAGAAGUGCGCAAGGGCAUGGUAGUCUUGAAAAAGAUGGAAACCGCGCCCAAGGUAUACCGCGAGUUCAUUGCUGAAGUUCUGAUUCUUUCACACGCCACCACUAUCAAGCCUAAAUAUCAAGCUAUGUUACACGUGGGAGCGGUCAGUCAAACAUGCUCAGUGAUUGACAUUGACCGCCCUUUCAUUCGAACUGGCGAUCGUGCUCUAGUCGCGUUCCGAUUCAUGCAGAGGCCGGAAUUCCUUGCUCCUGGCGACAGAGUACUUUUCCGAGAAGGCAAAACGAAAGGUCUGGGUAUUGUAAAGAGCAUUGGCUAUGAUCCUGAGAACCCGCUGAAUCCCCAGGCCAAGGAGGCUAAGGAGGCCAGCGUCAAGAAGUCCGAUUCAGCUAGUACUGACACGGCAUAA